GUUUACCUCGUUUCACCUAUUCAUUCAUUUUAAUACCUCAAGUGCGCAUUGUCUGAAGUGAAGUGAUUCGUGCGAGUAAUUACGAAAAUAUAUUUUUUAUGAAGAAGAAAACAUUGUUGAAGGCAAGAAUACAGUUGUUCCAAGGAGUUUGUGUAUUGAAGAUACAAAAGACGAGAAAUUUGAAGAAGUAAAUGGCGCAGAAGAAAAACUUAAAACAAAUAGAAUUAUUGAUAUAGAAUACAAUAUGAAUCCAACAACAGUGCUUACUGAAAUCAAUACAGUACAAGCAGCCUUCAACAUUCUUGGGGCUCUUCAGCUGACUGCAUUUUUAUGGCCGCAGCAGGCACAAGUUCAAGAUGGCGCUUACUUUGACUUUAUAGUAGUCGGCGCUGGAUCUGCAGGGAGCGUCAUAGCUAACAGACUUACAGAGAUUGAUGAUAUAACAGUAUUGUUGAUAGAGGCUGGCGGAGAUCCUCCAAUAGAGGCCGUAGUUCCUGCACUGUUUUUAUAUACGAAAAACAGUUCGGUGGAUUGGAACUAUUUAUCUGAAGACGAUGGUUACACUUACCAGUACCACAAGCAACGACGACCUGAGAUCACGAGAGGUAAAAUGCUUGGAGGCUCCAGCUCCCUCAACUUCAUGGCAUACACUCGAGGACACUACCAUGACUUCGACACUUGGGCAGAAAUAACUGACGACGAAACUUGGAACUGGGAUAACGUCCUGCCAUAUUUUAUUAAAAGCGAGAGUUACGUUGACCCUAUACUACUUAAUACUCCACAUAAGUACUUUCACGGUACUGAUGGAUAUUUGGGGGUGACUAGAUAUUAUAACAAGGAAGCUAUUGACUACUUUAAAGCGUUCGCAGAGAAAGGUGACAGAACGGUGUUAGAUGCCAACGGUGCCACACCUCUUGGAUAUACUGAGAGUAUGUUUACCAUAAAGGAUAGAGUAAGACAAAGUACUGCUCAAUCAUUCUUAAACCCAAUCAAAAAUCGGAAAAAUUUGUUCGUUUUAAAAAAUACUCUCGUGUCCAAAAUUCUUAUUGAUGAGAACAAGAAUGCCAUCGGUGUAGAAGCGAUAUUAGAAGACGGUAAAAUCGCACAGUACCGGGCAAAAAAAGAAGUCAUUAUCUCGGGCGGAGCUAUCAAUAGUCCUCAACUACUAAUGCUUUCUGGAAUAGGCCCAAAAAAACACUUGAAAAGUAAACAAAUAGAAAUUAUUUCAGAUCUGCCAGUUGGCCAAAAUUUACAAGAUCAUCUCGGAGUAGUUCUGAUACACACAAUGGGACCACCAGAACCUCAAAAACCUUUAGAUCCUGCUGAAUUUCCAUUCACACUCCUCGUAGGUUAUACCGCUUUGAAUGAAAGUCAAGGUUACGCAGACUAUCAGACGCUAAAUUUUAUACUUAACGAGCCUAAAUCCCUACUACAAUUCUGUACGUUUUUCUAUCAUUUCUAUGAUGAGAUUUGCCAACAAUUACACGAUGCGGUUGUUGGAAGACAAUACUUUUUUAGCGGUAUAUAUAUAUUGUCUCCAGAAUCUACCGGACAGAUUUUGCUGAAAAGUAAAGACCCAAGAGAAUAUCCUUUGAUAUAUACAGGCUAUUUCUCUAAUGAAAUAGAUAUAAAGAACCAUGUGGAAUACAUAAAAGAUUUUGUGCAAGUAGAACAUUCAAAAUUUUUCAGGAAAGUAAACGCAGAAUUGAUUGUUCCGAAAUUUUGUGGUUGUGGAGAACGCGAUGAUUCUGAUGAAUUUUGGAAAUGCUAUGCCAUUUGUAUGAUGGUGCAAGGAUACCAUUUCUCAGGAUCUUGUUCAAUGGGAACUGUUGUGGAUUCUAGACUUAAGGUUUUUGGGGUGCAAAGGCUUAGAGUGGCUGACGCAAGUGUCAUGCCCAAGGUAACUAGCGCCAAUACUAAUGCACCAACGAUAAUGAUUGGCGAAAAAGUAUCUGAUAUGAUUAAAGAAGAUCAUUUUUUGCUGUUUAAAUAAAAUUGGCUGUUACUUAUGAAUCCCAUUUAGUUAAGUUUAAGCACUUUGUUGACAUGUAUUUAUUUGCGAGUACCUUUCAUGAUUUUUUAUUCAGUUUUGUGGAAAUAAAUGAAAAGAAAACCUUAUCGAUACAAACACGUUUUCUU